AAUACAGAUACACAGGUGGAGCCAAUAACAAUAUCCUGAACAAAACACCAAAGUCUUCUUGAGCAGAGGAGGAAAGUGACGUGGACGGUUGGGUUAGGUGAUCCUUACCUUUCUGGUUUCCAAGAGGCUCACAAGGACAGCUUGCAGGACUGGAGUCUUCAUGGACGCACUUUCUUCACCAGGGACAGCAAUGGUGCCGGUGAAUGGCGAUACAGCCGGACCUAGCUCCAGCCAGGAUGACUCAGCAGUCACCACGAAGAAGCGCAACAGGCCUCAGUAUCAUCCGUUUACUCAGCAACAGCUCCCAGCUUGCAAGCCUAUACUUGCGCCUCAGACAGUUAUUCCUGUACUUCUGUUUGUGGGCAUAGUUUUUAUCCUGAUUGGCCUGGGUUGCAUUGCAGCCUCAAAUAGGGUUGUUGAAGUGGUCUAUCAAUAUGAAACUUCAUGCAUACCAAGAUACAUGCUUGACAACAAAGUUGCAUAUAUCCAAAAUCCAUCUAUAGAUAAGACCUGCACAAGAAUUCUCAAGGUUCCUAAGGAUAUGAAGCAUCCAAUCUACAUAUAUUAUCAACUUGAUAACUUCUACCAGAACCACAGAAGGUAUGUGACGAGCCGUAACGACAAGCAGCUGAUAAAUCCUAAGGAGGCCAACAACACGCAGUACUGCAAGCCUGAAGCCACUGAGCAUGGGAGCCCCGUCGUCCCCUGCGGACUCAUAGCUUGGAGCCUGUUCAACGACACCUACAGCUUCGCCCGUGGCAACAAGGCGCUGAGGGUUCACAAGCGAGGCAUUUCAUGGAGGAGCGAAAGGGAGCACCUUUUUGGGAAGCAGGUGUUUCCGAGGAAUUUUCAGAAAGGGGCUCUCAUCGGCGGCGGUACGCUUGAUCCAAGGAUACCUCUGAGCAAGCAAGAAGACUUGAUCGUGUGGAUGCGAACCGCGGCGCUGCCGACGUUCCGGAAGCUGUACGGCAGGAUCCAGGUGGACCUCCGUGCCGGCGAGCUGAUAACGGUGACGAUGCAGAACAACUACAACACGUACAGCUUCGGCGGGAAGAAGGCGGUGGUGCUGUCCACGGCCGGCGUGCUGGGAGGCAAGAACAGCUUCCUCGGCCGCGGGUACGUCAUCGUCGGCCUGGCCUGCCUCCUGCUGGCGCUGCUCCUCACCAUGCUCUGCCUCGUCUUCCCACUGAAAGAGGAGCAUCUUGCGCUGCAGUACCCUUUGCCCCGGCCUGCACGGUGACCAUGCAUAGCCUAGAUGUCUACGGUGUACAGAUUGAAACAGUUUCUUUUAUAUAUACUGGGCCUGUUUGGUGUUUUCUUGCACACAGGAACAGCUAUAGAUCGAGCUGCGUCAUGUAAAUAUAUACAUGCGACAGAUUUUAGCGCUACAUGUAUUGAUGCUCGAUCAAUAGAAAAAAAUCAUUUCACUGCAUCA